AUGGUAUUUUGUUUUAUGAUAGGUACCGAAAUUAAGAGGUCCUUUGAAGUUACAGGCGACGACAAAAUGACCAUAUCGAAACUCAGAGAAAUAAUCUAUGAAAAGAUUAAGAACAAUUUUAAAAGUAUUGAUGCUAAUAGCUUGGAUCUAUGGAAGGUGGAUAUUCCUGGUGAUACAGCAAACGUUAAACUGAAAACACUUGAAAACAGACCUCAUGAUAUAAAUAACGAAAAUAUUAUUAUAAAAGAAAUCGGAGGUGAAGAGUUGUCUCCAUUUAGUGGUUUCGGUGACAUCUUUACAAGUAGCUCCAAGAAUAUACACAUUAUCGUACAACCGCCAUUAUUCGCCUCCACUGGUAAUGGUUUACCUCUCAAACAAAAACAGCUUUUUUCGUCAAUGCACAUCAUUCCUAAUGAAGUUAAAAUUGAAAUUAAAGACAAAGUUAUAAAGACCUUUUCACACAUAAAUGCUUUUUCAAUUGAUCAGCUUGUUGACGCGCUCGCCUUGAUUUGGUACGUUGAGGCAGGAGAAAGUGACUCUCCAGAUCCACAAAAUGACCCAUGUCUUAAACUGAAGAUGGAGCCCUCUUUUUUCAAAAUAAGUUUGCCUGGUACCAUAACUGAACAUUCUCUUACAACGAUAGAUCUGUGUCUCCCUUCAUACGAAUCGAAAUCUGGAAUGAAUUAUCUUAAUCCCUUCUACGAUGAUCCCCAAUUCAAAGAAACGGUUUCUCUUGUGCAUGAAAAAUUGACGAAACAUAAUAAAGACAUAAUUGUUCUCGCUGGGGUUUCAGGAGGUGGAAAAACAUCGACAGCAUUUGGAAUCUCUUUACAACAUUGGACAAUAUACGUUGAUUUUUCUCCUUAUGGGGGACAAUAUGGCGAUUUUAUGGGCCAGGAGCUUGAAAGAAUCAGAGCUAGAACACCAAAGUACGGCCAAACUGAAGAACAGAGCAAAGAAAAAAUUUCAACACAAAAGGAAUGGCUUUUUACACAGCUUCAAAUGGAUAUCAAAAAAAUCCAAAUGAGCUUGGUUAAUGUAGAUAAUAUUUCUAUUUCUUCACUUAUUUAUUACAUCAACGAAUGUCUUGGUGUGAAAUCUCUAAUAUUAAUAUUUGAUGAGGCGCAAGUCCUUUGUGAUGACAAAUAUGGAAAUUACGAUGGGAGUUCAUUGGGGAAAACAUGGAAUCUCUUGCAGGCUUACAUUGCACAUCUUACCCAUCUUCCUGUUAAGUGCAUUAUUGCCGGCACUUACAUGCAUAUGGCAAGCGGAAUUUCUCUUGUCACUAGUAUUGGAAAAGUCCAGUCUGGUUCACAGGCUCAUAUUGUGCUAAAGCUUCCCUUCCUUACACAAAAUGAUGUCCUGCGGAAUCUUGAUAUUAUAAUUGACAUGAGAGAUGUUACACCUGAAACUCGUAACUACUUGGGAUUUAUUCUCAGGGGACGACCUCGAAACUGUGCAUCAUUUGUUCAGAUGUUGAUAUCGAAGCGGGAAUCAAAGAAUAGAACAAAAGAUCAAGAGAUGCGAGAACUUCUUCCUUUAUGGUAUGAAAAAAUAAGCAAUGAUAUGGGAGUAUAUUUGGAAAAUGCGUGUAAAUCUCUGGGUGCAAAUUACUUCAAUCUGGAAACAGCAAUUAUAGAUGUUAUUAGGCUUCGUGUUUUUUACAAUUAUAAGUUCAAGCAUGCUAUAGAACUACUUAAACACAGCAUCAUUCCUUGCCAAUCACCGGAAUGCAUAAUUCUUAGCCGUGAUGUUGAUCGUUUUAAUGAGAUCCAAAUCAACCCAUCACUUGAAUCUUAUCUUGUCUCUGGCAUCGAAAUUUUCCUUAAAAAAAGAGGGAAAACUUUGGUAGAUGUCUUCGUUGAAUACAUUAUCCGACUCAAUAAUACUUCAUCUAUUGGCAAUGAAUUUGAUGCGGUCUUUAUUUCGGUAAUGAUUGAGAAACGUGGGCGUAGAGUACGGGAAGUGCUUAACGAAUGGAAAAAUAGUCAAGAAUUUAACCUUCCUUCAUGGAUAACUCCCACAAUGAUGGUUAUGACAAUUUCAAAUCUAUCAGGAGGAGUUCCUAUAGUCGAAUAUGUUGAAAAUACAACUCAUUAUCGUUCUUAUGCAAUCCAACCGGACAGAUUCUCAGGAUUAGACGUGGUGAUCUCUUUUGCAGAUGAUGAGCAAAAUGUGGUACUAUUAUCAGCAAGCUGUACAAUUUCUGGGGAACCUAUUAAUCGAGGUAAGAUCAAAGAGCAGGUAUUCAAGUCAUGUAUGAAGUUUCAGUAUAUGGAAAAUCCAAAGAAGAAAAAUUCCCAAAUCGAGGAUCAAAAGGAGGAAUUUUCUUGGAAAGAACCAGAGCACCUUCAAAUAGGUUUUGGCGAUUUUUUACCAUCCAAUGAAGAGGUCAACUCAGAAGAAGAGGAGGUAGAUUAUGAUCAAGAUCUUAACUAUGAUGAUUUGGAUUAUGAUUUGGACUACACCAAAAACACGAAGAAUUACCGAAUAUCCAAGGUCUCUGAGCGUAUAAAAAAUCAUGAGAGAAUCAAAAGUUCUACAGAGAACCGAAAACAUAUUUAUGUUUUAGUGGAACUUCCACAUAGGGCUGGAAAAAGAUCAAAGUUGUUUCGGUUCAAUAAAUAUGGUGACCUCGUGAUUAUUGUGGAUGAUCGUAACAUGGAAUCUGUUUUUGGACCAGUCAUUAAGAAGCUGAUGGAAAAAAUUCACUAUAAAGAAAAUCAAGAAAAUUCGAUGAAUAAAGAGGAUUUGAUGGAUGAAACAGAAUAG